AUGACGGACCGGAAAGACGUCGUUACGCUGCUGAGAGAGGCUCAGCUCCUGCCUCUGGAUGUCGAGCACACCGCCGUCGACGUCCCCACGGAGGUCGAAGUAGCAGAAUUCAUCAUUGGAAUGAUUCCCUUUGUCAGUAAAAUAGUCGCUGUGUAUGAAGUAUACACUGGGAAAGAUCUGUUCGACUACCACCUCACAGAUAUCGAGCGAGGCGUUAUUGCUGCCACGCUCUUGCUGCCUAUUAUCGGGAGGCUCGCCAAAGGGGGGCGAGCCCUGUACACGGAGGCCCGUCUCGCCAAGCUGUAUGGGCGAGAUGCCGUGGGCUGGUCAAGAGCCGUCAAGGCCGGCGCAACGAUUACCCAAGAUUCCCAGAAGCUUGCUACUUUGCGCAAGGCUGAGGAAGCUAUCAGGAACGGCCAAGGCACUCGAUGUGGUGAAGCCAGGCGGCGCCAGAGCGGCUUCGGCCGCUCCCAAGUCUACGCGACCCUCGAUGCCCUCGCGUUGGAACGAGUCCUCCUAAAAGGUGGCAACCUAAACCAUAUAAAAGGCCAUUUCCUGGAAGAGCUCCUAGAGUCCCGAAUCGUGCCCUGGCUGCGAGAGCAGUUCAUCCCCGGACAUCUCAUCAGAGACCUCGACAACCGCCAAGUAACAGACGGAAUCCUGGGCUACUUCGACAAUGGGGUAUUGAACAUCCUCGCCGUCUUCGAAUCAAAAGCAGGUCCCCACGGCGCCCGCGAGCUGUCUUUUACCGCGGCAGCAGCAACAGACGCCCAAAAAGCCGAGCUCCGCGCCGCAGCAAGGGACGAGUUUACAGACCUCCUAGCCCAAGCAAAGCUGGAUGGCAAAACCCCUACCAAAACUCUUCAACAGAUCGAAAAGUCCUACAAAACUUCCCAGCUGGGCGGCCAAAUCCGCCGCGACAUUGAGACCCUCGCCGAGCACGGCGGCAUCCACAUCGGCGGCGUGGAAACGCCGAUCAGCUUCUCACCGACAAAGACUAAGUUCUCUGGGGUCGUGCCUGCGGGACUGCAGCCGAGUCUCCUGGCCACGAUUCGAAAGCAGCUGGAGGCCGAAAAGGUUACGUUUGAGAUCAUUGCUGCCGAGCUGGAUACUGCGGAACUCGAUUCUGCGGCCAAGCGAUUACAACCUCUUGCCGUUGCCAUGAUGAACGGUCCCGUGCCUGCUCUUGGGCAAGUACCUACUCCGUAA